GUAGUUUUGAAAAAACCCGUGCAAGUUAUAUCAGCCAGAGGCUACGACUUAUCUAAGCGACUACAACAAACGUCAGUGAAAUCGCGUGAUUACACACAUUUGGGAUUGAAUAUACUGUAACAUUCGAGCUAGUGUUGUUUAUAGGUGUCUUCGUCUUAUAUCAAGGUAGGUGCAAGACAACGCAAUUCAGAUGAGCGACCAUAAUAUUGCGCAAUCGUUAUACAGCGCGGGAAAAGAUGGUCGCAGGACAGUAGUAUCUCAUUCAACUACUAGACGCUGACCUGCAUCCCUGAAAGCCCGUAUCAAAUAGACGUACGUACGACAGUCAGCCCCCCUCGAGCCUCGACUCGUGGAGCUGAGCAUAGCUGACCAACUAACUAAACCUCUACUGUUGACAUCAAAAACAUGCCCCCAAGAUUGAGGGCACGUGGCCCUAAAAACACCACCAAAGCUGUCCAGCCUGCCUCAGACAGUGAGGACAGUUCUGAAACAGCUACUCAGAGAAAAGGCAAACGAAAAAGGUCAACCGUGAGCAGCAAGUCCAAAGGGAAAGUUGCGACUUCUGAUGUUAAAGACUCACCUGGCAAAGCAUCAUACUGUCACUGGCUGAUGAAGUCUGAACCCGAAAGCAGAUUUGAGAACGGGAUCGAUGUAAAGUUUGGAAUCGAAGAUCUAAAGGGCCUCCCCGAUCAGACAGGAUGCUGGGAUGGUGUCAGAAACUAUCAGGCUCGUAAUUUCAUGCGGGACAUGAAGGUCGGUCAGCAGGCUUUCUUCUACCACAGCAACUGCAAAGAACCAGGCAUUGCAGGCCUCAUGACGAUUGUCAAAGAGGCCUAUGUGGACCACACGCAGUUUGACAAGAAAGACGUGCACUACGACGCCUCGAGUAAGCCGGACAACCCUAAAUGGAGCAUGGUGGACGUGCAGUACGUGAGGAUGCUGAAGCGCUUUGUGCCGCUGGCCGAGCUGAAGAAGCUCCACCAGGAGCAGCGGGCCACCGGCGGCCCUCUGAAGGACAUGGCGCUCUUCACCAGAGCCAGGCUGUCUGUGCAGCCGCUCACGGCAGAGGAAUUCAAUUUUGUUCUGAGUUUGGAAGACCAAGACCCACUAUGAUGAGACUACUGCACAACUACUGAACAAUAGGACAAACCAUUUACAUUCUGGACAAGAAUAUUAUGCAACUAGGACCAAGUAUUUUAUAUUGCUUUAUAGUUAAUAAAGUUUUCUGUAUUUAGCCUUGCAUA